AUGGUUGACUUAAGACCGAUAAGCCUCUGCUCAAUCAUAUAUAAAACAGUGUCGAAGAUUCUUGUCAAACGACUUCAACUGUGGCUAGAGAUAAUUGUGUCACCAAACCAGUCAGCAUUUGUUGUGGAGAGGCUUAUCUCAGACAAUAUGCUCAUCACUCAUGAUAUGGUCCACGCCCUAAGAACUGAUCCGAGAGUCUCCCUGGAAGAUAUGGUAAUUAAAACUGAUAUGUCUAAGGCAUAUGAUCGCAUCGAGUGGGAUUAUCUCCAAGCUUUGCUUCUUGCACUUGGUUUUCACAACAAAUUCAUUAGCUGGAUAAUAUUCUAUGUGCGAUCAGUAACAUACUCUGUGUUGAUCAAUGGUGAAGCCCAUAAUAUGAUCAAACCGGAAUGUGAAUUACGCCAAGGUGAUCACUUGUCACCUUUUCUUUUUGAUAUGUGCACGGAGUGCCUUUCUUUCUUGAUGGCGAAGGCAGCAUCAGAUAAACGAUUACAUGGCAUCCAAUUUUCAGUGCAAGGACCGGCUGUACACCAUCUUCUUUUUGCGAAUGAUUUCCUAAUCUUAUGUAAGGCUAAUAAGGAAGAAAGUGAUCAAAUCUUUGGCGUUCUUAAGGAAUACGAGCGUGUAUCAGGGCAACUGAUAAACUUCAACAAAUCUUCUAUUACUUUCGGAAGUUCUGUUGAUGAGGCUAUCAAACUGCGCAUCAAAGACAAACUGGGCAUAGUCAACAAAGGAGGUGCCGGAAAAUAUCUGGGACUCCCAGAAUUUUUUAGUGGCUCUAAGAAGGAAAAGCUUAGUUAUAUUGGGGAAAACAUGAAGUCUCAGUUUCAAGGUGGGUAUGGAAGAUUUUUAUCCCAAGGUGGCAAGGAAGUACUGAAAUCAGUGGUCAUGUCCAUGCCAGUCUAUGCUAUGUCGGUCUUCAGAUUGCCUAAGACUACAUGUAAAAAUUUAACAAGUGCUAUGUCCAGCUAUUGGUGGAAUGCUCAGGAAGACAAGAAGAAAAUUUGUUGGGCGUCUUUGGAAAAACUUUGUUUGGAAAAGGACAUUGGUAGACUUGGUUUCAAAGAGAUUGAGCUGUUUAAUCAGACAUUGCUCGCCAAACAAGCUUGGAGAUUACUAACUUGUCCUAAAAGUUUAUGCUCAAGGGUACUUCAGAGUCGCUGGAUAGUGGACGAGACUCCUAGGACUCCAUUUCGAAGAGCUCUGUUUUGGGACUUGAACCUAAAAGUGAACACGCUGAUCGACCCUCAAUCAAAGACUUGGGAUAGGGGGAAGCUUGAAGAGAUCUUUGUUCCUGGGGACAUUGACAUCAUUAUGAAACAGAGACCUGCAGUUGGAAGGAAACUCAAGCCUUCGAAUGCUAUGAAGGAAGCUCUAGCCAUGCCCUCAAUCAAUCCUCUAAAAAGCAAGGUUUGGUCCGUGAAAACAUCUCCAAAGAUCAAGAUGUUCAUGUGGAAAGCUUUAUCUGGGGCCCUAAGUGUGGACGAUGGUUUACAGAACAGAGGAAUAAAAGUUGAUGGUAUGUAUCAAGUUUGCGGCCAAGAAGGUGAAUCUAUCAAUCAUGUGUUGUUUGAGUGCACUGUGGCGAGGCAAGUAUGGGCUCAGGCGAACUUCCCCUUUCCCUUAGAAGGUUUUCAACAUUCGUCUAUAUAUGAGAACUUUGCACACUUGUUUCGAUGCUUAGAUGAUAAGGAUAUUCCAAAGGAAAUAAGUCGAGGUUUUCCCUGGAUUUUAUGGCAAAUUUGGAAGAACAGGAAUGCAUUAUUAUAUGAAGGAAGAUCUUUUACAGCAGUUGAUACAGCUGGGAAAAUCUGGGAAGGUUCAAAUCAGUGGUUUGUAUUGCAGAACAAUGAUGGGAGGGUUGUAAUGGAGGGAGAUGGCUCACAAGUUAUGGAGCCUAAGUGGAAACCCCCUGAUGCAGAGUAUUUAAAAUGCAACAUUGGAAUAGCUUGGUCGAGAAGAAAUCAAAUUGCUGCUGCUGUUUGGAUAAUACAGAACUCUGUCGGCAAAGUUCUUCUUCACAAUCAACGAUCCUUUACCACGAUAACCAACCUGAAUGAAGCAAAAGUCAUGGGUAAUCUUUGGGCUAUUGAAAGCAUGUGUAGCAAUCACAUUCAUAAUUGCAUUUUUGGAUCAGAAGUUGCAGAGUUGAUUGGAGCUAUUGAAAAGCCAAAAUUAUAG